AUGUCUCUCUCCUUUUCUUCAGUCCCCAUCUAUGUGCCCUUCCUUAUCGUCGGGUCGGUGUUUGUCGCCUUCAUCAUCUUGGGGUCCCUGGUGGCCGCCUGCUGCUGCAGAUGCCUGCGGCCCAAGCAGGAGCCCCAGCAGAGCCGGGCCCCGGGGGGGCCCCGCAUGGUGGAGACCAUCCCCAUGAUCCCCAGCGCCAGCACCUCCCGAGGUUCCUCUUCCCGCCAGUCCAGCACGGCCGCCAGCUCCAGCUCCAGCGCCAACUCAGGGGCCCGGGGGCCCCCGACCAGGUCACAGACCAACUGUUGUUUGCCCGAGGGCACCAUGAACAACGUGUACGUCAACAUGCCCACAAACUUCUCCGUGCUCAACUGUCAGCAGGCCACCCAGAUUGUGCCCCACCAGGGGCAGUACCUGCAUCCCCCCUUCGUGGGGUACACGGUGCAGCACGACUCGGUGCCUAUGACCCCGGUGCCGCCGUUCCUGGACGGGCUGCAGACGGGCUACAGGCAGAUCCAGGCCCCCUUCCCUCACACUAACAGCGAACAGAAGACGUACCCAGCCGUGACUGUGUAACGCAAGGUGAGGCCGGGGUCCUGUACCAGACAGAGGA